UCUUUCUUCCACGUGUUGCAGGUUUUGUAGCCGCAAGAAAGACCAGAAGGUGCUGAGAAAAUGGCUGGUGAUUUGAUUUGGCUUGCUGCAGUAUCCCUUCUGUCUGCCUGCCAGCAAUGUCACUUUGCUUGGCUUGUGGGAAGGUCAAGACUAAAACACAAGAUCAUGCCACCAGCUGUCUCUGGGCCACCAGAAUUUGAGAGGACGUUCCGUGCUCAGCAGAACUGUGUGGAGUUUUACCCUAUCUUCGUAGUGACCUUGUGGAUCGCUGGAUGGUUUUUCAAUCAAGAAAUAGCUGCAAUUGGUGGCCUGAUAUAUAUGUUUGCACGUCACAAAUACUUUCAUGGCUAUGCAGAGUCUGUGAAAGGAAGGUUAACAGGCUUUUAUUUGAAUCUGGUAGUUUUGAUGUUCUUGAUUGCCUUAGGCACCACGGGGAUUGUGAAUAGCUUUCUGGAUGAAUAUUUGGACUUCAAUAUAGGAAAGAAACUGCGUAAACUGAUCUAAAGAUUCUUCUUAUGCAUAAAUCAGACAGAUGCUUAUUUUGGAUAUCAAAAAGGAAGAUAAGCCAUAUGGGUUAAAUUGCAAACAGCCUGAUUUCUUCACUAGCAUUCACUUGCAAUGCAAAAUGUAUGACUUUCCUGAAAUUUUGUUUACUUUCAUGCAUGCUGAAACAUUUCGUCAGAUUGACAGAGACUAUUUAAAAUGCAUUUAUAUUUUGAGACUCUUGUUCAGUCCUCUGCACGACAAUGAAAACUUUUAACCAUCUACGAAUCAAGGAGCCAAAAUAUGAACAGUUGUCCAGUGUACACUACUCUCAUUAAACUUGGCUAAUG